AUCGAUAUGAAUGUGUGUUUGAGUGAAACUGGUAUCACAACUUUUUUUCUUAUCUUAAGUGUCCACAAAUUCAGUGAAUGAUUGAAUAAAUUGUUGAAUAAAUAAACAAGGAAAAAAUAUGCCAACAACCAUCAUUGUAUGAUGACUUUGUGGCAAAUUCAAUGCCGACAUACGAUAGUGAACCCAAAUAACAAUCAUCAACACCAGAGUGUUUUGCAUCGUGGCAUAUAAUAUCGAGUACAAACAAUUUGUGAUUAUGAUCAAACUGUGAUAAUCAUGUUGAUCAUCAAAACAACAUAACACUCCACCCAAUCGAAUGACAAUCACAUGUAACAAGUAACAAGUGAUUCAAACGAAAUUGACAGAUGAAAAACUAGUAUAUAACCAAAUGAUCGAUCCAUUUUUGAUCCUGUGUUUGUGUUUUGUUUUAGUGUUGAAAAUAUAUUGAAGACCACUGGAAAAAUGUAUCGAUAUCAACAAACUACAUUAUCAUCAAUGGUGAAAUUGGCCAUUGCCACUGAUCAAUCAUCCAAGGUGGCCACUCGAAAAAUUCCCGUCAUGUUUGUUGCGGUUCAACAGAAUCGACAAAAAUCAAGCUGCAUUCAGUCCGGCCAGGUAUUGAAUGUUGCCAGUGUGACAAAACAACUUUAUAAUGAAAAACAUUUCGAGGCAAUAUUGAAAGCACCUGUUGCCUUGCCAUUAUCACGAAAAAUUGAUUCGACAACUGAAACGCCAAAAAAAGUUCAAUUACCAUCCAAUAUCGUUAUGCGUUAUUGCCCAGAUGGCGAAAAUAGCGAAGCACAGAACAUGGCCAUAACCAAAACACGACAAUUAUCGAAACGGCCAUUACUAGUAAUGCUUGCAUGGUUGGAAGCGAAAGAAAUUCACAUGGAAAAAUAUCGUCAAUUCUGGUUCGAACGUGGCUACGAUAUUCUAUCCGUGCGAACACUACCACAGCAUUUGUUACUGCCAAAAAUAGGUGGACGUAAUAAUGCUGUGAAAAUGAUUGAAUUUCUCACCAAUCAUCAUCUGGUUUAUGAUGAAAUUCUAAUUCACGGAUUUUCUGUCGGUGGCUAUCAGAUGGGAGAAAUUUUUCUUUAUUUAUUGGAAAAUAAAGAUAAAAAUGAACGCGUACGACAUGUCUAUGAAUCUUUGAAAGGAAUUAUUGUCGAUUCAUUAGUAUAUGCACAGGAUUGUCCGCCCGGUGCAUCAAAAGCCAUAACGACAAGUCCCAUUUGGCAACCCAUGUUGGAGAAAACAAUCGAUGCAUUUUUAAAGGCAACCAAAUCUUUCACAUAUGACCGUUAUCUCAAAGUGCAGGAUAUAAUGUUUGCUAAUGAAUCCAAAAUACCUGGAUGCAUUCUACAUUCAAAAGCUGAUGUUGUCAGCAGUAUUCCGCAUAAUAUAGAAAUAUAUCAUGGAUGGAAAUCAAGAAAUCCAGAAAAUUCCGAGAUCCAUUGCUGGCAUGAUGCAUUGCAUGUAUUGAUUUAUAAAAAAUAUCCCGAACAAUAUACCAAAGUUGUUGAUGAAUUUGUUGCAAACAAAACGAAAAUCACCAAAGCUAAAUGGCCAAAACCAAAUAAAAGACAAUAACUGAAGGAAACGCAUAGAGUGAGAAGAAAAUUUCAUGUCUAACCGGUUGAUUACCAUAUCAUCAUCAUAUUGAUAAUAAUAAUAAUAAGGCUCACUGUUCUCGGGGGUUUGGUCAGUUUUUUAUGUGAUUGAUCAGUCAACUUGAUCAAGUUACUGACCCUACAUUAUUAAUUGCUAACUGCUCCAUUGCCCGAAAAUACUGACCAAUUAUAUAGAUCUCUGAUAAUAAUUGUAAUGUAAUUGCAGAUCAUGGUGUUCUCGUGUGAUAUAUGUAUAGUAUAUAGCUCUUUAUUUGAAUGUAUUUUCAUUGUUUUAAAUUGUAAUAAAUGAAUCAAUCAAUCA